CUGCACUCAGGAUAAAGCAUAAACAAUUUCACGUUUCACGUUCUACGAAAUCGCGUUGAAUCUCGGCAAGCUGGAGAAGUGGAAGAGAACACGUAAUUCCACUAAGAAGAUGGACCCGCGCCACCGCAGUCCUGGUGGCGGCCCAGCAGCACCAGGCGGAGAGGGAGCCAACAAGUCGCCUGCUGGCAGUGCGGGCGCUGCUGCGGGUGCAACGGCUGCAUCGUCGCCCCCAGUUGAUAAGUCAACGAUUCUGGAAGGUGUGCUUCACAAUAUAUUCGAUGGACUGACGGACAAAGACGAGCAGGUGCGUGGCGCCAUGCAGCAGGCGAUAGUCAAGAUAUUGGAAACGCAUCCGGAGCGUGCCACCGACAUCCUCAGCGAGUAUCGCGCAGCUCAUCCAAAGAUGAACGACCACACAGUCUCAAUGCUCUUGGACUGUGUGCGAAACGUGGUGGUGACGGAUAUCCCACUGCCGCGUGCGGCAAGCCAGAAGCUGAUUGCCUUGGCCCUGCAGGAGCUGACACGGAGUGCGGAUCAUGUGCCGCUCAUUCAGAAUCCCGCCCAGCGCAUUCUGGUGGCCAUUGGCAGGAGCGGACACGAGGGCUGCUCCCUCGUAAUGGAGGCCUUGCAGGCCCAGACCGGCGGCCCUGAGGGUGUGCCGCACUUUAUGCUCAUGCAGUGCCUGGGCCUGUUGGCCACAGAGAAUCCGGCCGGCGUGGUGCCACACAUCAAAACGAUUCUGUCGCGCUGUCUGCCGCAUCUGGGCGGCAUCAGGCAGGAUCACAUUAAGCAGGCGCAUGCCUAUGCCAUUGGCCGCUUCAGCGAGGCCGUGCUCGAGGAGGAGCAGCAGACCAAGGCAGGGGAUGACCAACAGAUGGCCAUUAGCUGCUCCACAGAGAUAAGCGUCGCCUACGAUGUGCUCUUCAAUCAGUGGCUGCACUCGCGGGAGCCCAAAGUGUGCGUUGAGAUCCUCCAGGCGCUGUCCAGCAUGUACCCGCUGCUGCCACGGGAUCGCAUUCAGGACCAGGCAGCCCGUCUGGUCCCGCAGAUCUUGGCCCUGUACAGGCGCAGCGUGGACCGCAAUGCGGUGACACAGUUCCUGUGCUCGGUGCUCAAGACGAACCUCUCGCUGCACGCCCAGGUGCUGGACGGGAUUGUAGAUCCACUCGUCUCGCAUCUGUUUGAUCUGGUGUGCGUCUAUCCCGACUACGAGAAGCCGCAGACGGUGAAGGGACACUACGAGGUGCUGCGCUGCUUCCAUCUGCUGGCUGGCCAUCCCGCAUACGCGGCCAAGAUCAUGGACACGCUGCUCAUCCAUCUGCGGAACAACAGCGAGCGUGAGCGGAUCAAGUCGCUGCUCAUUCUCACCCACUUCCUGAACACCUGCGCCGGGCACAUAGAGAGCCGCCUGCCAGCCACCAUCGAGUGCCUCAAGCAGCUCAUUCUCAGCGAGCGCAGCGUCAAGAUGAAGCUCACACUCCUCAAGACGAUCGUCGCCUUGGCCCAGAAGUCACACAUCCGGGACAAGGAGUUCGUGUGGUUCGUGGUGCGGCACAGCUGCCGCUACGGCAAGCUCAACCAGGAGCACGGCACCGCCGAGGAGCACGCCAAUCUGGCGCUCAGCUGCGAGAACACACUCUUCAUGCUGGCCUCCACGGUGGGCACCCUCGACGAGCUGCUGAAGCGCGAGCUGCUCAACUAUCUCGUCCUGCUGGACUACACCGACAUCUGCGGCAACCUGGCCAAGUGUCUGGCCAGCCUCUUUGCCAAGUCGCCACACAUCGAGUACGACAUUGCCGCCGACGAGCUGCCACCUGCCGCCGAAGCAGCUGCAACGGAAGGGGCUCCGGCUCCCACUUCCACUUCGGGAGCGACAGCAGCCGCUGGCGACGAUCGAUCGGUGGUGAAGCGAGGAAAAGUGAUGGUGCCGGGCGCAGAGUCAAUAUAUGCCCGGUGCCUGGCGCUGCUGGGCAACCAGCAGUGCAUCAAGCGCUGCUCGAAUAUCCUCAGCUUUCUGCGCUACUAUCAUCCGCAGCUGAACCCAGCGCUGGACAAGCUGUGGGAGCGCCGCAUACCGGACCUGCUGCUGCACAUCAACAAGGAGAGCGCGUACCGCCAGCAGCUGCACGACUUUGUGCUGGAGACGAACGAGUUCCUGACCGGCCUCGAUGAGCAGUUUGCCCAGCGGCUGGCCAACAAGCUCGCGGAUCAGAUGUAUCUCUAUCCCAUGACGCUGCCGCACUCCGAGUGGCAGCUGCCGGACGUGAGUGCCGAGCGGGGCAUGCUGCUGCAGGCGGUGGCCCUCACCCUGCUGCAAGUGACGGACGUGGCGUGCAUCCACACGAAGAUCGAUCUGAUUGUGACCACCGCCAGGCAGGAGCGUCUCGACAAGCACGUGAAGCAUGCCGACUAUGAGCGCAGGAUAGAGCCUUGUGCGCGCGCUCUUGGCUAUAUAUCGCGCCAGCAUUUGGGACAUUUGAUCAAGAAGCUGUCGGAGCUGGCCCAGGUGGGUGGCCGCAAGCAUUCCACGGGCUUCUUCAGCAAUCUGCACUUCAUCAAGGACACGCACAAGGAGCUGGAGAACUACAAGAGCAAUCUGCUGGUGGUGAAGGCCUUCGGCCGCAUCAUGGACGAGGCCGAUCCGCUGCAGUCGCUGCAGCAUCUCGACGACGACACCAUGCUCAGCUUCCUCAUGCAGCAGCUGGCCGUGCACAAGGAUCAGACCAUCAUGUCGGCCAUCCUCCAGACGCUGCUCAGCAUCUGCAAUCAGUUGAUCGUCACCAAGGAGCAGCUGCCGGCCCCGCUCAAGUAUCGCAAGCAGAUCAUGGAGACGGUCUUCAGCAUACCCAUCGAGGCGCCCUUCCACGACCUGCCCCUGCUGCCCACCAUCCUCAAGCUGGGCACGGACUUCAUACGCAUAGGCGGUCCCGACACCGAGGAGUGCGUGGACGGUGGCGUCAUAUUCGAGAUUGCCUGCAAGAACUUCUUCAGCUGUGCCCAGCAGCUCAAGAUGAAGUUCGACUCGCAGGAGGAGGACGAGCGCAACAGUUUCCUUGCGAAGCAUCUGAACGAAUCGCUGCCGCAGCUGAACUCCCUCGUGCGCGCCAUCGUCGAGCUGGACGCCUCGCCGGCCACGCUGGAUCUCAUCAUUGGCAUCCUCGAGAGCUGGACACGCGACAGAAACUCGGAGGUGCGCAUCUGUGCCAGUCACGUCUUCAACAACACACUCGACGUCUACAUCAAGUCGAUGCGGAUCGGCUGCGAGGCGCCCUCGAAGUUCAACCAGACGGGCCAGAUGCUGGGCAAGAUUGUGCCCCGCUGCAUCGACUCGAAUGGUACGGUGCGGCAGGUGUCGGUGGAGAUACUGCAGAAGACGCUGGAGAUCGCCUGCAUCUACGAGACGCUGACCAUAGCCAGCAUCGACAGCAGCGCCGACUGGCUGAAGGAGAUCGAGUCCAUCAAGGAGCACAUCAUCACGGACGAGCCGAAGCAGAUCUACGACCUGGCCGGCGACAUAGCCAAGGUCAUAGCCCAGCGCAUCUCCAGCUUCCAGUAUCUGCAGUUCUGCAAGACGCUGCUGCUGUCACUGAGGGACCCAGAGCAGAGCUCCACCAUCGGGGCCAGCGUUGUGUUGAAGUUUUUCAUACAGCAGAAGGGCUCCGAGCUCUUUCACGCCAUUCCCGAUCUCGUCAAGGACAGCCUGGUGGCCCUGCAACUGUGCGAGGUGCCGCGCGCCAAGUCGGGCGUGCUCAAGGCUCUGGUGGCGCUCACAAAGCAUCAUCCCAAGCUGGUCUGCGCGGAGAUGCUCAGCCAGCCGCUGCCCUACGACGCCCACAUGGUGGAGUACUGGCAUCUGGUGUGCAGCGAUGCCGAACUCACGGGCCUCAUGCUGGACAAUUUCCUGCAGCUGCUCAGCGGCGCUAGCCUGCAGGAGGGAACGCAGGAAUCGACGCUGGAGCGACAGCGUUUGGCCAGCGUUCAGCCAUUUGCCAUAUUCUGUGCCCUGCACGAGAUGCUGCCCUGCAAGGACAUCAAAGGGCAACUGGAGCUGCGGUUCGCGGAUAUGUUCAGCAUGCUGCUGACCUCGCUGAGCAGCUACACCAACGUGGCAGCACCGAAUCAGCCGCCGGCCAGCACCAGCAGCCCCGGCCAGGCGCAGACGAGCAAGUCAAAGUUCGGCUUUGUGCCCAACAAGGAACUCAUCAAGCUGAAUCCCUGCCAGAUAGCCCUGGAGACGUUCCAGGCUUUUCUCACCAAUCUGGAGAUGGAACAGAUCGCCAAUGUGCUGACCGUGAACAAUCUGGCGAGCAGCGCGGACUGGCAUAGCUACAUCGAGCUGCUGACACCCAUGGCUGUGGGCUUGGGCCAUCAGCUGCAGCUGGGCAGUCCACAGAUGCGACAGCUGGUGAAUUCGUUGAGCAAAUAUGUGGCCUCGCCCCACGAUGGGCAGCGUGUGGCUGCUGUUGGGCUCUUCUCGCGCCUGGUGCCACUGAAGCCGGGCGGUGAGCUGGCCGGUUGUGUCAUGAUGCACCUGGGUGCAGCGUUGAGCGAUCCGAAUGCGGUGGUGCGCGGUUUGAGCAUCCAGGGAAUGGGCUUUGUGGGCCAGUUGGGGGAGCACGAAGCACCGAGGUACGAGGAGGCAGCCAUUGCUGCACUGCUAAAGGGCGUGGACGAUCCCGUGGGCGAUUGUCUGAUCAACAUACCGCUGGAGAGCAUGCGUGGUCUGUCGAGCAUCCUGAAGGCGCUGCCCAACAGCCGUGUGGAGUCCUUCCAUGUCUCGUUGGCCAUACGCAUCCGUCCGUUCUUCGGCAACUACUCACUGGAGAUGCGCGAGGCGGCGAUCAUACUGUUCGGCGAUCUGUGCGAGGGCAAGCGCGACGAUGGCAGCGUCUCGCCCAGCAGCUCAUCCAUGGAGGCGCUGCGAGAGCAGCUGAUCGCCAAUCUGUUUCCACUGCUGCUGCAUCUCAGCGAGAGCGAAGCGGCCAUAGUCAGUGCCUGUCGUGGCACCCUACAGCGUGUCUGUCGCCUCCUGAACGCCCCCCAGGUCAUGGAGAUGGCCCAGCAGCAAUUGGGCGAGGAAAAUGGCCAUCAACUCAGCUACAGCAGCUUCGUCGUGGAUUUUGUUAAAUUGAUUGCUCUGGAGCUGACUGAACACAUUCAAGACUUCAUCGACUCGUGCAUGCCCAAGCUGCGCAGUCAGUGGCCAGAGGUGCGCGGAAGCGCUGCCAUUGUGAUUGGCAUUCUUCACAAUUUUCUGAGCGAACGCAAUGUCCAAACGGAGGCGGUGGCCAGCAAGAUGUCUGUGCUGCUCAAGGACGAGCAGGCGGCUGUGCGCAUACGGGCGGCCACUGCCCUGGGCUACUUCUUCGGCGACAUCUAGAGGGACCAAAACUGGUUAUUUAUUGUGCCACUCGCGCAUGUGGAUAUAAAAUUGAUAUUUAUAUGUGUAUCCAUUGAAUGUUUAUAUUAUGAAUUAGUAUUUCUCAAGUGUGAUCCCGACUGCGCCACAAAUUCCCGGCGUAGCCUCAAUAAUUGUUUAUGUUGUUUCCGACUUGCAACCCAUUAUGUUUUAUAAUUAUGUGUACAUGUUAUGUUAUUCAAUCGAAAAUCACGUUAUAUAAUUGCUAUAUAUUAC